AUGCGGUCUCCACAGCCCCACCGUAACAACGGUGACAGCCAACAACACUUCCACUCCACUGUCUCCGUACAGAAGCUGAAACGAUUCAACUCGCUCAUUCUUGUUUUUCGAUUCGCUGCCUUUUGUUUCUCUCUUGCCUCAGCUGUUUUCAUGCUUACUAACUCUAGAGGAUCCAAUUCCCUUCAUUGGUAUAAUUUUGACGCUUUCAGAUAUGUUUUCGCUGCGAAUGCGAUCGUCGCCAUAUACUCUCUAUUCGAAAUGGCUGCCGCCGUUUGGGAAAUUUCAAGAAACGCCACUCUCUUCCCUGAAAUCUGCCAAGUUUGGUUCGAUUUCGGCCAUGACCAGGUGUUUGCGUACAUGUUAUUGUCAGCGAACUCGGCUGGUACGGAACUGGCGAGGACACUGAAGGACACGUGUACGGAUAAUAAUGCGUUCUGUGUGCAAUCGGAUAUUGCGAUUGUCUUGGGUUUUGCCGGGUUUUUGUUUUUGGGCAUCUCAUCUUUGUUUUCGGGUUUUCGGGUCGUUUGUUUUAUAAUCAGGGGCUCUCGUUUUUAUGUUUAG